CCAGUGAUUUUCAUAUGUUUUGUUUUUUAGUUUUGGAAAAAAAUUAACGUCAAAUUAUCAAGUAAAAUUAACAAGUUUAUAAAAUUUAUAAAAAUAUAUAAAAAUUCUUGUAAAAAAAAUGGAUAACUACAGAAAUGAAGAUUACUAUUCUAAUAAAUCAUACAGCAGAGAUGACAAUUUUAGAAACGAUUCACUGAUGGAGGUAACGGAUGGUCUUUUUUCGAGAUGUGAGAAAAAAAAUGAUAAACGCGAGGAAGUUAAGAAGGAAUUGACAAAAAAAUCAUCACGUAUGAGUAGUGCACGUGCUUGUGAUGUAAAAAAAAAAAGAGCAAUUAAUGGUUUUAUACUAUUUUACAUGGAAAUGUAUGCGAAAAAUUCUGGAAAACAUGUCACUUGUGUGGCAAAAGAAGCAGGAAAAAGAUGGCGUUGCUUGUCAUUAAAAGAAAAAGAAAAAUAUAAACAAAUGGCAAAAGAAAAAACCGAAUCUAGUGCAAAUAAUGCAGAAAAUGCAGCAGCAAUGAAAUAUCCAAAAUUGAAAAUUGAAAGAAAGUGAAUGUGGUAAUAACAAUAUAUAUAUAAGAAUAAAAAUAGAGUUCCUUCUUAUGUGGAUAUAUAUGUAAAGCGAUGAUGGAAAUCAUUCUCAGGCCUUGCUAUAUAUUCUGAAGGGAAUGAGAUCCAAUGAAGCUCAUUGUUUAAUCUACCUACGAAGCGAGGAUCAAUAAGGUACGCUCGAUCGACUCCAAAAGCAAAUCAGGUGGCAUUUUCUCGCAAGAUUGAUUUAGCCAACAAAUAAAAUCAAAUUUCUAGAAUGGCACAACCCCUUCAAGGUCAAUGGAGAAAUUAACUUUUCUAAAUUCUACUUUUUUUUUCAUAUGAUAAUAAUGAUAUCAGAUAUGAUGUUUCAAUUCCAAAACACUUAUCACGCCAAUCUAUCAGAAAACUUAUUCUUAGCGUUUCAUAUAUAGAAAGACUUCAUUUCGGUAAAAAUAGACCAAUUUUAUCCUGACACUAUAUAUAGAGAAAAGUCUUCAUAAAAUUUUUUUUUUCAUUAUUGGAGAAAAACAUUUUCAAAAUUUUACAAUACAAUUUUAAUAUUACGAUUUUGUUUUUGUAUAUUGUAUCUUGUAUUUCAAUUGUAUUUUAUAUUUUGUAUUUUCACUUCUAAUUUAAUACAGAUGGAAAUUUUA